UCGCGGGGACUUCGGUCAGUCCCGCCGGAGCGCGAGCCGCCAGCCCCUAACGGUCGCCCGGGUGAGGGGCGGGUGGCGGGGAGGAAAUGGAGGAGAUUUAAAUUAAUUUUCUAAAACUGCGAGAGCGAAAGGCUUCGGAGCCCCAAGUGUCGCCGCUUCCUGCUGCUCGGUGUCCAGGUCCCUCCCUCGCUCCCUCCUCACGCCCCUGCCCGUGUCGAGCCCUCCCCUCCGGACCGAGCGGCGCUUAAGAGGCGGCUGCGGCGGACCCCCGAGCUCGCGGCGGCCGGGCCCGGCUGCUUUGCGGAGGGCUGGAGCACAAGGCAGGCCGCCGGCGAGGAGCUUCUGUUAACAAGUUGAAAGUGUUGAGCCACUUCGAUAACCCGCAUCCUCAGCUCCGCCCCCCAGCGCGGGCGCGCGCACACACGCACACGCACCACCCCUAUAAAGGUAUACGCGUUAGGGUGCACUUCUGGCCAGGAGUGACGAGCAGAGUGAGCAGCAGGUCUGGUUUGCUGGUGCUCGUCCAGCCCCUUUGGAGAGAACAAGGGGUAUACACAGACUUGAAACAUGAGUUCGGAUACCAGCCAAGAAGUGAUCACUACUCCUCCUCCUCCUAGUAUGCCUCACAAAGAGAGAUAUUUUGACCGAAUUAAUGAAAAUGAUCCAGAAUACAUCCGGGAGAGAAACAUGUCUCCUGAUCUACGACAAGACUUCAAUAUGAUGGAGCAGAGGAAGCGAGUUACUCAGAUUCUGCAGAGUCCUGCCUUUCGGGAAGACCUGGAAUGCCUUAUUCAAGAACAGAUGAAGAAAGGCCACAACCCAAGUGGAUUACUAGCAUUACAGCAGAUUGCAGAUUACAUCAUGACCAGUUCUUUCUCAGGCUUUUCUUCACCUCCACUCAGUCUUGGCAUGGUCACACCUAUUAAUGACCUUCCGGGUACAGAUACAUCCUCAUAUGUGAAAGGAGAAAAACUUACUCGUUGUAAACUUGCCAGCCUGUACAGACUUGCAGAUUUAUUUGGAUGGGCUCACCUGGCAAGUACAUACAUCUCAGUAAGAAUAAGUAAGGAGCAAGACCACAUUAUAAUAAUUCCCAGAGGCCUAUCUUUUUCUGAAGCCACAGCUUCCAAUUUGGUAAAAGUCAAUAUAAUAGGAGAAGUGGUUGACCAGGGAAGUACUAAUUUGAAAAUUGAUCAUACAGGAUUCAGCCCCCAUGCUGCAAUCUAUUCAACACGUCCUGAUGUUAAGUGUGUAAUACACAUCCACACACUUGCUACAGCAGCUGUGUCCUCCAUGAAGUAUGGGAUCCUUCCAAUUUCUCAAGAGUCCCUUAUCCUGGGAGACAUCGCCUAUUAUGACUACCAAGGAUCACUUGAUGAACAGGAGGAGAGAAUUCAACUGCAGAAAGUUCUGGGGCCAAGUUGUAAGGUGCUGGUACUCAGGAAUCAUGGAGUGAUAGCACUUGGAGAAACAAUUGAAGAGGCUUUUCAUUAUAUUUUUAAUGUGCAGAUAGCCUGUGAGAUUCAGGUGCGGGCAUUGGCAAGCUCAGGUGGAGUAGACAAUCUGUUUGUCCUGGAUCUUCAGAAGUAUAAGGCUUUCACUCACACUAUAGCAGCAGCUGGAGGAGGAGGGGUAAACAUGGGCUCCCAGCAGAAAUGGAAGGUUGGAGAAGUUGAAUUUGAAGGGCUGAUGAGGACUCUGGAUAAUUUGGGAUAUAGAACAGGCUAUGCUUAUAGGCAUCCUCUCAUUCGAGAGAAGCCUCGACACAAGAGUGAUGUGGAAAUCCCAGCAACUGUGACUGCUUUUUCCUUUGAAGACGACACAGUGCCACUCUCUCCUCUCAAGUACAUGGCACAGAGACAGCAGCGUGAGAAAACGAGGUGGCUGAACUCACCCAAUACCUACAUGAAAGUGAACGUGCCCGAGGGCUCUCGCCACACGGAGACCAGCCCCAGGACCAAAAUCACAUGGAUGAAAGCAGAGGAUUCUUCUAAAGUUAGUAGUGGAACACCUAUCAAAAUUGAAGAUCCCAAUCAGUUUGUUCCUUUAAACACAAACCCAAAUGAGGUUGUAGAAAAAAGAAACAAGAUUCGAGAGCAAAACCGAUAUGACUUGAAAACAGCAGGACCACAAUCUCAGUUGCUUGCUGGAAUUGUUGUGGAUAAACCUCCGUCUAUGCUGAGCAGGAAUUACUCUCAGAUGACGCUUCAUCUGUUUCACAAAUUCAGUCUCAAACUCAGUCACCGCAAAAUGUCCCUGAAAAAUUAGAAGAAAACCAUGAGAUAUUUUCCAAGAGCUUCAUCUCCAUGGAAGUGCCUGUCAUGGUAGUAAAUGGCAAGGAUGAUAUGCACGAUGUUGAAGAUGAGCUUGCCAAUCGAGUGAGUAGAUUAACUACAAGUGCGACCAUAGAAAACAUCGAGAUUACCAUCAAGUCUCCAGAAAAAAUUGAAGAAGUCCUAUCACCUGAUGGCUCACCUUCAAAAUCACCAUCUAAGAAAAAGAAGAAAUUCCGCACUCCUUCUUUUCUGAAAAAGAACAAGAAAAAAGAGAAAGUUGAAGUCUAACUAAAGUCUUUUUAUAAUUACUACAAUGUGACAUUACACAUUGAAUACCACUUUUAAGUUGAUCAUUAAUAUACAGUGGUAGAUCAGAUUGGGGGUAUGUAGCAAACUGGACUUUAAGAACUGGAAGAAGUUUUACUAAAAGAAAAAUAUUAUGAAAAAAAACUUUGAAAUUCAUCUCUUUUUAUAUGUCAAAAAAUGGCUUUGAAUUUUUAAACAAUUGCUAGUUUUAAUUAGCUCUGCUGUCAUGAAGUAUUGUUAUAGUUCGCCACAAAUAUAUCUCUGAAUUACUUCAGGACUUCUUCAUAAUAACUAUUGGAAAGAAAUUGCCAGGGAAGAAAUGAGAAUAUUUAUUUCUCCACACCUGCUACAGUUAAUAGUCAGAUUAUGAUUUUUAAAUUAUGAUUAUUGACUGUAUCUUUUGGGUCCCCAAUGUUUCAAUGGGCAUUUAAAGUUUUAAGAAAAGAUUUGUUUGGAGUUUUACUCAGUAUAAAAUUUUCUCACCUGAAGUAACUUCAUUUGCCAAAAAAGGUCAUUUUAAUAAACUAUAAUUUUUUUGAACACUUCUUUUUUUAUUAGUUUAGAAAAGCCCCUUAUUUUUCAACAAAGGGGAUUUUGUACAUAUAACAUGGGUUAUUUAGUUUAACUCUGGCAAAAACAAUUUUUAUAUGUUGAGAUGUUUGUAUACCAUUCAGUAUAAAAGUGUCAUAUGCAUAUUAGCCAAUCACUUAACAGUAGGGCACAUUCGAGACUGCUUGGUACUGAAGUAUACUUAAAUAUAAGUCAAGAAUCCAGGGACUUGGUAUCAAAGGGGGGUUAGAGCCAUAUUAAAAGUAUAUCUAGAUUCAUAUUUGAAGCUUAUAAUGUAUUUUUCUCUUAGUACUGCUAGUGAAUGAAGAAAAUCUCAUAAGGUAACCAAAUGAGAAGGAAAAGAAUGAAAAAGAAAGUGAAAAACUAAGGGAACAAAAGAUGGGAUGUGGAAAGAAUUCUUGUUUGAUAAUAACUCCUAUUCAUGACAGGAUAUAUAGCAUGACUUAUUGAAAACAUGUCCCAAGUUUCUGAAAUCCUGCUCCUCUUCCAAAAUCAGUAUCUUGAUUGAUAUUUCAGUUUUAAAAGGGUCAAUCCUUCGAAAUUGUUUAUCUUUAGAGGGCAGCAUUAGAAGAAAUCAGUGGUCUAAUCCCUAAGAAAACUACCACUUCUUGAUUUUUUACAAUUUUUUAAAUCUUUUUAGUUAACUUUCUAAUGUAAAUACAAAUUUAAACCUAGACCUAAUAUAGUUUUCCCCUUUUUCACAAGUGAUGUCACAAAUCAAUGUAAAAUCAAAGAUCCCAAAUGGUCAGUGGGUAAAAAUAAUCCAAAGUGUUCUGAGGGGUGAGUUAGCAUGCAAGAAGUUCUGUGGCUCGCGGUAUGUUCUGGGUGGGUUCUGUCUGUGUGUGCUGCAGAGCUGACACGGAGCCUGGGACAUCACUCGACCUCACUAACUACUGGAAUCAGUGUUUUCAUCUUAGUGGAAACUUUCAAUUGCUUACUUGUGUAUGUGAGGAUUAUUUUAUGUUCUACAUCAUUUAUGUUGUAUUAUGAUGUAUGUAGAAACAGUAACCUGUGAACUAUGCCUUUCCAUAACUUUUUUAAAAUAUAUAUAUCUAAAUGAAUGCAAUGUGCAUAAAUAUUUUUUAAAGCAACCAUAAACUAUUGCACCUUUUGCUAAUGCCUCUGUUUACUUGCUUUAACAUAAUGAAUGAGCCAAUGAACUUCUGUGUCCUGUGGAAAAUGUAUAAAUGUUAUCUGAUAUUGCUCUUAGAUGUUAUGCUAAUUAAUGUUAAAUCACAAAUAAACAGUAUUUUAAGUAUAUA